CUAUAACAAUUUUGACACUCAAUAGAAUUAUUGUAUUAGAAAGGAUCUGAUAGGGUGUGACCUCUCAUAAUAUAGCUCUAGCUAGUAUCUUAGUAGUCAGUUUAUUCAAAAUAAAGUAUCCAAUACACUAACAUACUUUACUGUAUGUCGAUCUUCAUUUGAUUUAUUUGCAGGUACAUUAUCAUUAUCAAUGGCUUGAAGCCAUAUUAACGUUCUUAGCACAAGUCCACAAAAUGCCAGAGUCAAAGGAGGAUUUAAUUAUUAAAUGAACAUGUAGUUUUCAAUUGAGAAAUGUUAUGCUGAUCAGAAAGCCUAUUGGAACAAUUAUUUUAAAUGUGGAAAGGUUUUUAUCAAAUUGAUAUUGAACAAUGGCUGAUGUGAAGAUGCUGAAAAAUGGAUUUAUAGUAAUAUUCAUUGUAUCAAUUUUGGUUCUUUUAAAAGACAUUUUCGUUGUUAAACCACAGAAAAAUCAGGAUAUAAUAUUUGAAACAGGGACAACAUUAGAAAAUAUGCACAACAGUAGCAGAACCUUUAAAAAUGAAAGUCUAAUAAAAGAACAUUCAAAUGCUGGCAAAAUCCUAAAUGAGACCAACAUGGACCUACCUCCUACAAAGAAAGCUGAUGAGACAAUUAUUAUGGGUGACCUUCAAGAGUUUCUUACAAAGAAUUCCAUAUUUGGGCUCAUGUAUCCUGAGACAUUUGAACAUGUACAAUUUGGUGCAAUCAUACACCUGAACAUCCCAAAUUAUGCAACAAACUUGAAAUUUGAUAUUCUUACUAUUUUUGAACAAACACUUCAACAUAAUAAUGUAACCUUUAUUAGAUUGGGAGAUACUGGAAAUAUUUCAGAUAUGGAUUCUAUUUUGAAUAAGAGGAAUACACCAGUCUUGUUUUCAAUGGAUAAUCCCUACAUUAACUUCUUUAAGGCAGGUUAUUCUACCCAACCAAUAUAUAUAGCAUUCCUGAUGGACCCCUAUGAAAGACUCCUAUCAUUUUACACACAAGAAAUGCAGCCUGACAACAUUACAAACAUCUACACACAGCUUAAGGAUUGUAUUGAAGACAGUGAUUGCAAAAAGACUUUAUAUGCCAGGGGAUUCCAACACUACGCACAUUGGUUCUGUGGAUCAGAUUCCCCAUGUAAUACCAAUUGUUUUUAUAGUGCAAAAGGUGCAUGUAAUGUUGCUAGAUACUUUGGAUUUGUUGGAGCAAUGGAAGCAUUUGAUAGUGCACUGUUGAUGCUCUCUGAGCUACUGAACAGAUAUUUCAACAAUAUCAAGAGAAUUUACCAAGAAAAUAUUGAUGUUAACCAGGAUGAAACAGAAAAACAGACAACAAAACCAAUCAAGAAAUAUGUUUAUGAAGUCGUAUUGAAUUUUUUGAAACCUGAUUAUGAAAUUUAUAACUUCGUCUAUGAUAGAAAUUCAAAAUGUUUACAUGCACUGGAAAGGUUAUAAAUGCAUUGCUACAGAAAGCGGUUUCACAAAUAUUAUCUCAUGCAGUACUGUAACAAAGCCAAAGCACUCAUUCAGGGGUUUCAUUAGCAACAGGCAAGAGAUGGUUUUCACCGGUUGUUUUCACAAAAUUGCCUGUUGUUUUUAGGGACUUUUCCAUGUUAAAUUUAUGAUUUUGCCUUUUGUUUUAAUUUAUUUAGUCUGUUGUGAGAAAUUCUAGUGAAACCCCUGUCAUAGAUUGCUUCAAAGUUUCGGUAAACUGUAAGUUGAGCACUGCUAUACUUAGAGCACUAUGAAGUCCAGUUACUCAUUAAUUCACUGUAAAAUGAACAUGAUGAACCUCUGCAUGGAACACAUCCCAAGUGGGAAAGUAUUGAGGUACCAAAAGUGUUUUACUUAUA